AUGGUCACACAACCAACGACGAUCCGCAUCGCCGAUGAUGCCAACGAGCCCGUCAAGCCCGACCUCUCUGCACGGGCCGGUGGCAUCUACGAUGUCCGCGCUCUGUCUCGGGUCGGCACCUCUGCCAGCCGCCGCAGCUCCUCCCGCCACUCCCAGAACAGGCGGCCCGAACAGGACGGCGAUGUAGAAGAUGGCGAUUGGCGCCCCGAGGAUGGCGGUCGCAAGAAGCAAAUCUUCAAGGGAACGACGUUGCUUUGGCUGGCCUACCAAUCUACUGGUGUAAUCUACGGUGAUAUUGGAACGAGUCCCCUUUACGUAUACUCGUCCACGUUCACCUCGGUCCCAAAUUACAAUGACGUCCUCCAAGUUCUGUCCCUCAUUAUCUGGUCGCUCACAAUCAUGGUCACACUGAAAUAUGUGGUGAUUGUUCUUCAUGCCGACAAUGAUGGUGAGGGAGGAACAUUCAGUUGUUACUCGCUACUUACCAGAUAUGCCAACAUCACACAACGCGACCCGCGUGAAGCUCUCUUGGUAAAGAUGGAACGUAUCAAAACCCAGGACCUGCACGAUUCGAGCAAGAAAAUUCGGUCCGGCAUGGAAAAGAGCCCGUUCAUUCGCGGCCUGCUAAAGUUCAUUGGAGUGCUGGCUGUAUCCAUGGUCAUGGCUGAUGGAGUUCUUACUCCUGCCCAGUCUGUCCUCGGCGCGGUCCAGGGUCUCAAUGUCGUCAGUCCCGAUAUCUCGACUUCGACUGUUGUUGGCACCACUUGCGGAAUUCUGGUGGUUUUGUUUGCCAUUCAACCGUUUGGAACCGCCAAACUUGCCAACUUCUUCGCACCCAUUGUCAUUUUGUGGCUGGGCUUCAACGCCGGUUUUGGUAUCUACAACCUCAUCAAGUUCGACCAUUCCGUUCUCAAGGCCUUUUCGCCAUAUUUCGCAAUCGAGUUCUUCCGCGAGAAGAAGACUGAGGGCUGGAGAAUGCUUGGAGGUGUUCUGCUUGCCUUUACGGGUGUCGAGGCCCUCUUUGCAGAUCUGGGAGCAUUCUCACUCCGUGCUAUUCAGCUUAGCUGGCUGUGCUAUUGUUAUCCGUGUCUGCUCCUGGCCUACAUUGGUCAAGCCGCCUACAUCAGUGUGCACCCAGAGGCCUACUCCAACCCGUUCUAUAACGCGGUGCCCCCAGGAAUGCUCUACCCUAGCUUGGUUCUGGCAGUGCUUGCUGCAAUUGUGGCAUCGCAGGCCAUCAUUACCGCAACUUUCCAACUCACCAGCCAGAUCAUGAAGCUAUCCUACUGUCCUCAAGUCAAGGUUGUCCACACAUCCAAAAAGUUCCACGGCCAGCUCUACGUACCUUUCCUCAACUGGAUCCUCAUGGCCUUGACUAUCCUUGUCACUGGAGUGUACAACAAUACCACAAGUCUAGGUAAUGCUUACGGUGUCUGUGUCAUGUUCGUCACCUUUUUCGACACAUGCAUGGUGACUUUGGUUGCCCUGAUUGUCUGGAAAUGGCCAGCCUGGGUCGUCUUCCUCCCGUGGCUCUUCUUUGCCACCUUUGACGGCCUCUACAUCUCCUCGUCGCUAGUCAAGGUGCCCGACGGCGCUUGGUUGACCCUGACCAUAUCUGGAGUCCUCGCCUGUCUGUUCCUGCUCUGGCGUUUCGGCAAGGAGAGCCAAUGGCGUGCAGAGGCCGAGGACAGAUUCAAGCCUUCGACCUUGAUCACCAAGGAUACUGAUGGUGGCCUUUCAUUGUCUGACCGCUGGGGCGGCGGCUCUCUCAGCAGGAUCAAGGGCUUGGGUAUUUAUUUUGACAAGACUGGAGUCCUGACGCCCACGGUCUUUACACAGUUUGUGUCAAAGUUUGGCGCCAUCCCCGAGACCAUGGUAUUCUUCCACCUGCACCCCGUCGAGGCGCCGACCGUGCCAGAUGCCGAGCGGUACUCGGUCUCGCGGCUGGGUGCCAUUCCCGGAUGUUACAGACUUGUCAUUAGCCAUGGAUACAUGGACGAAGUCAUUUCACCAGAUCUCGCACUACUAGUGUACGAGCAGGUCCGAAAGUUCAUCGUCCGCCAAGCCUGCUCCGAGGCUCUGCCCGACGAGACGGAAGCGCCCGAGGAGUCGGUCGCCACGUCGACGAGCUACGACCAGGGCGUCGCCGAAGGUAUUAGAACGACAACGGCAGCCUCGUCUUCGGGAGGAGACGAGGAUGAAAAGGGCAAGGUCCGCGAGCCAGCCGAGCUUACCAACGAAAAGGUCAAGGAAGAGGUGGCGCAUCUCGACCGUGCCUUUGCCAACAAGGUCAUGUACGUGAUUGGCAAGGAGCAAAUGCGCAUCAAGACAUCGACGCGUCUCUUCCGCCGGGUGCUACUGGCAACAUUCCUGUGGAUCCGCGAGAACACACGCGCAAAAAUUGCGAAUCUGAGACUCUCCAUGGACAGAGUCGUCGAAGUUGGAUUCGUCAAGGAAAUCUAA